AGAGAGGAAGCAGGCGCUGUUUUCACUUCCGUUCAUCAUCUACUGAUCGCGCAGACAUGGAUCAAAACUCCAAAACCUAUCACCACCAUCCCCUUGGUGUAAACAAGCUCGGAAAGAGCAUCCGCAAGAGUCCACUUCAUCAGCCCAAUUUCCACAAACUUCCUCCCCCGGCGACUGCGACACCGCCGCCGCCGCCCCCCCAGGUGUACAACAUCAGCAAAAGUGACUUUCGAACCAUCGUGCAGCGGCUCACUGGAAGUCCCGCUCGCGAUCCUGCUGGCCCUGUAAACGUUUCCGCGCAGGCAAGGCCUCCUCAACCCAAACCUCCCAGCUCCCGGCUCAUGAAAAUCCGGCCGCCACCCCUCAAUCCGAUCUCCCGCCCCCCGCCGCUUCCUUUGCAGAGUUCGGCGCCGAAUCAAAACCCUAAUCCGAAUCCCGGCUUCUACCCGCGGCCAGCGCAGUCGCCGGCUGCCCUCACCGGCGCCGCUUGGACCGAUUCGCCGGUAUCCGCAUAUAUGAGGUACCUCGAGACCUCUCUUCUCAGCGCAGAUAGCUCUAGGCGUGCCCCCGCGCAGGGCUUGCUGCCAGCGCAUUUUCCCUCGUCUUCGUCUCCGAGGGGAAACCCUCCUUCUUAUGUAAGUUUAUCUCCGAGGGGAAACCCUCCUUAUGCAAGUUCUGUGCCGGCUUCCAUGCAACCGGGGCUUCUGCUAUCUCCUGGAUCUCAGUUCCUCUUACCGUCUCCAAACUCACUGUCACGAUUGCCGUCUCCAAGCUCUUUCUUGAAUCUUCUAUCACCAAAAUCGCCCUACCCAAUACUUUCUCCCGGAUUUCAGUAUCCGCAGCCAUUUAGCCCAAAUUUCUCUUUCUCACCAUUGCCCCAAUCCGGAUUAUUGGGGCCGGGGUCUCAGCCUCCGCCUUCUCCGACUCUAUUGUUCCCACCUUCACCCUCCGGCUUCCUACCUCUGACGAGCCCUAGAUGGAGGGACAUGUAGUAUUUUCUUACAGCCCGAAGUGCUGAAAUCUUCAUGGUGUGUGGUCCGGAUGUCUUUUUUAUUCACUAUACUUCCAUUGCCAAGUUUCUUUCUGUAUCAUCAACGCUGGAACACACAAUCAACCGCGAUUGAGUUCUGCUUCGAUCAUAAGAGCAGGAAAUGAAACUGUAACUAUUGGUUCCAGCAAAGCAAGCUGGCUUUUUUCCUCAAGAGACAAGGUUUGUGCAGCUCAAUCAAUCUCUUGUUUGCUUUUUGACUCGUUAAUGAUAGUGCUGAAUACUUGUUAGGGUAUGAAUGAGCUUAUUGAUUUUGUUUGCCAAGGAUUAUUUUGAUGAUAGAAGUUGUGUUAUUUGUGUCUGUCUGAAUGGUCUAUUUGUUCUGUAUGUAUUUUGCUUAAAGCCUCAAAUUUCAUAUUUGAAUUCUUUAUGAGUUUUUGAAGUUACUGUACACUAAGU